GACACAUUUUAUAAUCAUGGUAUGAAUGAGAACCGAAAACUUGUUGGAAAUAGAAGAACAAGUGCGAAACAGAAACACAAGAAAGAAAACCAAGCAGUCGAAGAUGGAGCACGACGAAGAUGAAGAAGCACCUCUUGCUGUUCAGAUUCAAGGGCUUGAUGAAUCCGUUUCUCAACAAUCUUCUGUUGGGGUCACCCUCAUCACCGGCUAUCUUGGUGCUGGCAAGUCUACUUUAGUGAAUCAUAUUUUGAAUUCGCAACAUGGAAAGAGGAUUGCUGUCAUCCUGAAUGAGUUUGGUGAGGAGAUUGGCGUGGAAAGAGCUAUGAUUAAUGAAGGGGAUGGCGGUGCAAUGGUUGAAGAGUGGGUUGAGCUUGCCAAUGGGUGUAUAUGUUGCACGGUCAAACAUAGUCUAGUUCAAGCACUUGAGCAGCUUGUACAGAGGAAGGAAAGGCUUGACCAUAUAUUGCUGGAAACUACUGGAUUGGCAAAUCCAGCACCUUUGGCUUCUGUUCUUUGGUUGGAUGAACAAUUAGAGUCAGACGUGAAGUUAGAUUCUAUCGUCACUGUGGUGGAUGCCAAGAAUGUUCGCCUCCAGAUUGAUCAGCAUCGUCGCUCAUCUUCAUAUCCAGAAGCAUAUUUUCAAAUUGCAUUUGCGGACAUUAUAAUUCUUAACAAGGUUGAUUUGGUAUCUGCAGAGGGCUCUGGAGCUCUGAAGGAACUUGAGGAGGAAAUCCAUAACAUUAACUCCCUUGUGGAGAUAAUUCAUUCUGUCAAAUGUCAAGUUGACUUGUCUAAGAUAUUGAACCGCCAUGCAUAUGAUACUGCACGUGCCCCACAUUUGGAGACAUUGUUGGAAGAAAGUUGUUCUUUGUCUACUAAAAAGCUUCAUGAUAGUGGUGUGAGAACUAUAUGCAUUUCUGAGCAAAAGACUAUUGAUAUUGAUAAGACUCGUAUAUGGCUUGAGGAGAUUCUUUGGGAGAAGAAAUAUGAUAUGGAUGUCUACCGUUGCAAAGGAGUGCUGAGUGUUCAAAAUUCUGAUCAACUGCAUACUUUACAGGCGGUGAGGGAACUAUAUGAGAUUGUUCCAGCCCGCAAGUGGGAAAGAGAAGAAAACCGAAUGAAUAAGAUAGUUUUUAUUGGUCAUAAUCUGAAAGAAGAUGUUCUAAUUCAUUCAUUCAGAGCUUGUGUAACCUGUUAAGCUGUGCUUGUUCUCUGGUAACUGCUGGGUAAGCAAUGCUUUUUGAUUGGGAUUAUGAGAUUCAACUAUAUCAACAAGCUUAAAUAACAUUGUGUUAAGUGUUAACCCUUUUAGUCCUCUCAUGAGUCUGGCCCGGUAGCCUUGGAUUACCAAUUUUUGGAUUAAAAUAUAUAUUCUGGAGAAAAGAUGAAAAGGAAGCUGCUUUGGCAGGUAUCAGAAAUAGAAAAUAGAUUAUUGCUUAACCUUCUAUGUCAGAAGUGAUUAUGUAAAAGCUUUCUAAACUAAGAAACAAUUCGAAUCUCUAUCGUUAUAGAUAAAUUUUGACUAGAGUAGGACACUGACAAUGUAUUUGAUUUGGUGAAAAGCCACAAAAUAGGUGAAAUGUGACUUUAUGAUAGGGUGGCACAGAAAGAUUGCCCCCAUUUCGCCCAACAUGUGUACCUAUAUUCAUUCAAUAAUGAUUCUUAGACCA